UUCCCCUCCACUGGACUGUGGCUUUAAUGAAGAUACCAUAAAUAUGACUAUAACAAGUCUCUACUUCCUGUCGUUCAUCCUGGUCCUCAUCAUCAAUGGGGUAGCAGUCUGGGUCUGCAGGCACCUUCGCUCAACGCCCACCUUCAUGGUGUAUCUGAAGAACCUUCUGGCCGCUGACCUUCUCAUGACCCUGACCAUCCCUCUCAACGCAGCCAAUAUCCUGCCCAGUGCUCCUCUGGCUCUGAAGGCCUUUGCCUGUCGCUACUCUGAUGUUAUUUUCUACCUCUGUAUGUACAUGAGCAUCAUUCUAUUGGGCCUCAUCAGUCUGGAUCGCUUCUUCAAGAUCAUCAGGCCCUGUGGCAGGUUGUUGGGUCAGAACCUGGUCUUUGGCAAAGUGCUGUAUGCCUCCAUCUGGGUGGUGCUGUUGGCCACUGAUGUCAUUCCAACCAUGAUCCUGACCAAUCAGGAUCCCACCAACAAGACUAAUGAAUCCUGUAUGGAAAUGAAGAGCGAAGCAGGACACGCUUCAGGUUACCCAAACAACCAGGCUACCUUACGGAUCUCUAAAAAUAUCACCUUGUGGAUGUCAGCCAUGAACGUCUGUCUGGACCCUCUCAUCUACUUCUUCCUGUGUAAGUCCUUCAGAACCACACUGUUCAAGACGCUCCGUCUCCCACCUGGGACCUGCAGCUGGCUCACUGGGAGAGAGUCCGGCCCCAACACAGGGGAGGAUCAGACCACAGCACAGGAGACUCCCCUGGGAGACAAAUCUAUCUGUAUUUAG